GCGCGGCGCGGUGCACUCUGGGACACGGCGCUGGCGGGAGGCGCGGGCCGGUGGCCGAAGUGAGGGGACUCGGGCGGCGGCAGGAUGGUGAAGCUGACGGCGGAGCUGAUCGAGCAGGCGGCGCAGUACACCAACGCUGUGCGGGACCGCGAGCUGGACCUUCGAGGAUAUAAAAUUCCUGUCAUUGAAAAUCUAGGUGCUACUUUAGACCAGUUUGAUGCUAUUGAUUUUUCUGACAAUGAGAUCAGGAAACUGGAUGGUUUUCCUUUAUUGAGAAGACUCAAAACAUUAUUAGUGAACAACAACAGAAUUUGUAGGAACGUGAAGGGGAAUGAUCUUUCGUUAGCGUGUCUUGUUCUUACUCUGACCCUUAUUUUCUAGGGUGAUCUGGAUCCUUUGGCAUCUCUCAAAUCACUGACAUAUCUAAGCAUCCUAAGAAAUCCUGUAACAAAUAAGAAGCAUUACCGACUUUAUGUCAUCUAUAAAGUUCCACAAGUCAGAGUACUGGACUUUCAGAAAGUGAAACUAAAAGAGCGUCAGGAAGCAGAGAAAAUGUUCAAGGGCAAACGGGGUGCACAGCUUGCAAAGGAUAUUGCCAGGAGAAGCAAAACUUUUAAUCCAGGUGCUGGUUUGCCAACUGACAAAAAGAAAGGUGGGCCAUCUGCAGGGGAUGUAGAAGCCAUCAAGAAUGCCAUCGCAAAUGCAUCGACGUUGGCAGAGGUGGAGAGGCUGAAGGGCUUGCUACAGUCCGGCCAGAUCCCUGGCAGAGAGCGCAGAUCAGGACCAAGUGAUGAUGGUGAAGAAGAGAUGGAAGAAGACACAGUCACAAAUGGGUCCUGAGCUCUGUAGCAGAGACUCUAGAGACAAGUCUUGCUUUUUGAGCAUGGAGUAACAGCCUAUGUUGUGUGAGCAACAUUGAAUCUGUCAGCAUUGCUGAAUGCUCAGAACUACUGCUGAUAAUUUUUUAAUAUGAACCUUGGAAUCUAAAUGCCAGUUUUCUACAAAUGGUAAAAUAAAGGCCACUUUCUGUGCUGCCAAA